GCAGAGCCAACCCGGGUGGUGGAACGCAGAACCCGGAAGUGAUGUGGUAGCCUGGUAUCUUUUGACUAAGAAGCUGUUUAGAAAACAUCCAGAAGACGCCCUCCAGCCAGGGCUUGCCAACUGUGGCACGUUAUACCACGUCAUUAUUAUCAUCACAUCAAGGGGGUGGUGGCUACGCGAGGACACCAGCACAGCAUGGACCCCAACCAAAGAUGUAUGACUGACAGCGUCCUGAACCUCACCCUGGAGAUCCUCUACCUGCUGACCGGAGAGGACUAUACAGUUGUGAAGAAGACAACUGGCCAGCCAGUGGUUCCCACCAACCAAUCGCGAGGGUCAGUUGGAUGGAGCAGAAGCCAGAGCCCUGUCCCUGCUCAGUCAGUUCUUUCCCCUUCCCAUGGAGAAAACAACGACAAGAAGGUCUUGGAGCUCGCCAACAGGAUCAUUCACUUCCUAACGGGAGAGGUGUGGCAGUAUUUGUUGGGACACAGAGAUCUGGUCAAAGGUGUCGUGAUGGAGAAUCGUAAUACGGACACCUCCAAAGAGACAAAUCAUACCGCCACAUGGGAAGAACUAGGUCCAAUUUCCACACCAUCGGAUCACGCCGAUAAUUCAUUUGUGCAAAUUAAAAAUGAGCCGGGUUCACCUGACGAAGACUGUCUCCUGAACUCCGACACCUCCACACAUUGUGAACAUACACAAUAUGCGGCUGCUCAAAUCAAGCUGGAAACGGUCUCUUGCGAGGAAGGCCACCUUACCUACACCGAAAUCUUCUCCUCCGGCAAUAGUGCAGAAAACUCUUCGACCUUCAUCAAGGAGGAGUACACCUUGAACGAAGAAGGUGAGAUGGCUUUUUAUGAACCCUCCUAUACGGAGCUAGCUUCUAUUCCAGACAAUCCUGCCGAGACCUCCAGUAUCCAAACCAUCGAUCAUAAUGCUGGCCCAGAUUUCGAAAACCCUUUGCCACUUGUGGAAACAAAGACGACUGGCACACCCUCGACGCCAAUGAAACGUCAAAUCCCUGUUUCGGAUGGUGAAAUCUGUUUUUCUCAUACCUCGAACGUGGCUUCUCCCCAAGAAGGUCAUGUGCGGUCCAAACCGUUUGCCUGCUCGGGAUGCAGCAGAUGUUUCAGUACCCAGUUAAGUCUUUUUCGGCAUGAAAGGAUUCACACCAAAGGUGGCUGUAAUACAGAGGCCGGCUCGGAAUUCGCAAGCACUGAUUCUGCUGAUGAUCCGUGCUAUGAAAAGAGCCCUGUAUGGACUGGAGGUGGCCAAGAAUUAGGAACAAGCAAUGGAAGUUCUCAAGGAUUCAACCAUCAGACCAACUUUUUGGACAAUGUGGAAGAGAAAAGUUCAGUAGAGGAUGCAGGUGGCAAAAAAAUAAGGACUAGCCCCAAAAGUACAACUUCUGUGAGCUUGGAUCAUCACACGGGGUCUUUUAACACCUUAGGCCCCGCUGACCCUUGGAAGUUUAAGAAGACCUCUUGUUUUGAAUGUGGGGAGGUUUUUCCUGUUGGGUCUCAGCCGGGUUUACACCAGGGGGAUCACCUCAGUAAGUCGCAAUUCUCAUGUUCCGAAUGUGGGAAAUGUUUUACCAGCAACUCCCAUCUUAUCGUACACCAACGGGUUCACACCGGAGAGAAGCCGUUCGGCUGCUCCGCUUGCACCAAGCGUUUCGCCACCAAGUCGACGCUGGUCAUACACCAAAGGGUCCACACGAGAGAGAAACCCUAUUCAUGCACAGAGUGUCGAAAGUGUUUCCCUUGUAACUCCCAGCUGGUGAUACAUCAAAGGACUCAUACGGGGGAAAAGCCUUAUUCUUGUUUGGAGUGCGGGAAAGGCUUCAUCAGUAACUCUGACCUUCUUAGGCACAGGAGGGUCCACACGGGAGAGCGACCCUUUAAGUGCACAGAAUGCGCUAAGUGCUUCUCGCAGAAAUCCCACCUUCGCGAGCAUCAUAAAACGCACAGGAGAUAAACUGGGCUCCCUUUUAUUUGUGGUUUGAUCUUGUAUUUUUGUACAUUCAAGGUAAAAUUCUCAAUCCUUGCAAAGUAGGGUCGGCCUACUGAAAGCAGAUACUUCACUGUUGGGUAAGAUUCCUGUAAGCUGACUGACCCACCACCUUCUGUAGGAAAUAGCCAGUGCUACCCACAUGCCACGGCCAUUACAAGACGGCUAAGGCCCCCUCAUUAAAGCGGAGGUCCGCCCACCGCUGCAAAAAUUAAAAGCCAGCAGCUGCAGUAUUUAAUAAUCGGACACUUGCCUGUCCUGGAGUCCAGCAAUGUCGGCACCGCAGCUGAUGUUUCCAUCAGCUGUCGGGGGUGCUGACGCCUCCAUUGCAAAUAAGGGAACCUGGCAGUGUAGCCUUACGGCUUCCCGCCAGGAACCCUACUGCCAAUGCGCUCCGCUCCUCUUUCCUACUGGCCCGGCGGCCGGGGAAGGAGGAGGGAGCCCGAGCGGUGACGCAGAUAUCCGCAGCUGGGUCUCCCUGAAGUGGGGAAAGAAUACCUGUGAAAG